GAAAGGCUGGUGCUGACUCUGGGCUGCAGAUGGGCCAGUGGGCAGGUCUGGACGACUCUGUGUGGCUAGAGGAAGGGAUAGGAAUGGCAGGGAGGGAACAGGGGCAAGAAGGGUGCAGGUGUCUGAUUGGUGGUACAGGUAUCCCCCAUUUUUCAAAGGUUCGCUUUAUGCCUCUUCGUUUUUAUGAGAGACGUGCAUUAAUUAGUACCUGUUUUCAAUAAUGGAAAGAAAUCUGAAGAGGAUUUUUGCUUUGACAAGAAAAGGCAGCAAUGAGAUCCAGCCGCCCUGAAACAGGUGCCCAGGAAGCCCUCCGUCCCCGCCCUCAGCCCCUGUCCCGGAGCUCCUCCAGCCUACUGGGCGAAGGCCAGGGGCAGAGGCCGGAGCUCCGCAAGAGUGCCAGCAGUACUGUGUGGCAGUCCCAGCCGGGUGAGGCGCGUGGUGGUGCCCAGGUGCCGGAGGGUGAAGGGCACCUGGCUGAGAGCACAGAGCAGGCACAGGCCUCCAGCCCCCGGCCGCAGCACGGUGCCGUGGGUCCCCGGUGGAGCAGCACGGUGGGCAACGUGUCUACCAUGGGCGCUGGUCACCUGUGUCGCCUGCAGGACCCCAGCGCCACCACUGUGCAGAGGAGCCACUCGGACCUGGUUUGCAGCACCCAGACCCGGGGCCACAGCGGUGCCCGCGCGGCCAGCCUCAGCGGCUCGGCCCUGGGCAGCUCGCCUGUCCGCAGGGCUCGGCUGCAGUCAAGCAGCACUUCUGGCCAGGGUGGCCCAGCCCUCGCAGGCCUGGAAAGGGACCUGGCUUGGGAGGAUGAGGCUUCGACCUCAGCCUGGACACUGGGGGAGAGUCAGGUGUGUGCGCCGCCACCUGACCUGGGAGGCACAGUGACCCACGGCAGCAGCCCCAAAGCCACUGGGAAGUCGGCCACCACCUCCCACCAUGCCCUGCCCCCAGCAGCCCUGCUCUGCGGCGUGAGGGAGGUAGGGGCCAGCGGCUGCUGCUGCGGCUUUCCUGCCCCAGGGAUCCUGGCCUUCCCCAAGCUAGUGGCGUCCGUGAGUGAGUCCGGGCUGCAGGCUCCGCAGGGGGGGAAAUUCCAGUGUAGGUUGACUGGGGGGCUUCCUGGGCAUUCCCACUGCUGUGCCCACCCUUGGGGUCCCACCAGUUUAGCUAUGGAGCCUGGCGCCAGGACCAAGGAUAUGUGGACCAUGACGUCAGCAAGUGACUUGGCUCCCAUCUUGGCGUCCCCUCUGUCAGCCCAGGAUGCUGGUGUGCAGGUGGCCCCCAAGGCCGUCUGCAAGGCUGUGGCCACCAGCCCGCCUCUGGAAGCCCCUGUGGCCUUGCACACGUUCCCAGAGGUAACGCUUGGGUCCAGCCUGGAGGAGACGCCGUCCCCUGUGCGGGAUGUGCAAUGGGAUGCUGAGGGCAUGACAUGGGAGGUGUAUGGAGCUGCGGUGGACCCUGAGGUACUCGGCGUGGCCAUCCAGAAGCACCUGGAGAUGCAGUUUGAACAGCUGCAGCGGGCCCCUGCCAGCGAGGACAGCCUGUCUGCCGAGGGCCGGAGGGGGCCCCUUGGAGCUGUCAUGCGGUCCCUGCGGCGCCCCAGCUGCUGCGGCUGCUCCGGUGCUGCCCCUGAGUGAGGAGCUGCAGUCUCUGGAGCUGACCUGGGCCCGCAGACUCGGCCCCACGGACAAUGGGGGCCCCGUGCCCUUUGGACCCACCGGCACCCACGGAUGUGUCUCUGUUCUCAGCUGCCUGCAGGCCACGGGACUGCAGUCUGGGGGCUCCCUGCCGCCUGCAGCUGGGCUAGUUUGUAAGGGCUUGAUUUCCAAGAGCCACAUCUGCACAUCCCAGCUCUGAACUCUGGGACAGUUUCAACACUGUGCAUAAGAGGGAUCCUGACUUUUCUGUAAAAACCCUUGACUUUCUGUUCAGUCUCUUUUCAGAACUCUGCCAUGAUUUCCCCCAGGCCUCUUGGUGGCUUUAUUUUCAUAGCAGUGCUGAGAUACAGUGAAUCCCUAACAUGAGACGUGGGGCCCCAAGUGGCAAGGACUGUCUGAGUCUUUAGGGAAGGGGACUGACCUUGUCGAGGCCUCCCAUGUACCACGUGCUGUGCUCUUCAUCUUACUCUGCUGAGUCUUCACCUCUGCACCCUGCGUUACAGAUGCAGCCACAGACAUUUGGCAGCGCUAUAGUGGCCGUGCCCUGGCGCGGACAGCUUGAGGUGGUGGCUAAGGGGAGAGCCGGGGCUGGCUGCAGCCUGGAGUGUUCUCCUGCUGCAGGAGGCAGCGGUGCAGGGCAGCUGUGAGCAAGAGGAGCUCACCGAGCCCACGUUCUGUCCCCGUUCUGUAGAUUCCUUGGGGAGGAAGCUGUCUGUGCCCUUGCUGUGCUCUCAGUGCAUGGGACAGGGGGCUCUGAGCAUUACAGAGGGCUGCAGGGUACUUCUAAGAGCCAGCCUUCUGGUAUGUCAUUGUGUCAGGGGCUGGCAAAGAUUAGGCUGUCCUGCCUAGCGUCACCUGGCAUGGGAGGGUGGGGUCAGGGCAGCCCUGCCCAUGACCUGACCCUGCUCCUGGGCCCCCUUCUGCACCCAGGAACCCAGGACCUGACAGCUGGCUUACCUCUCUCUACCCCAAAGGGCCCAGUACUCUUGAGGUGGAAGUGAUUCAUGCAACAAUGGGUUAACUUUUCAUGCAGGAGUGACAUUCUAACAGGCUGAAGGAACCAGGUGAGAAAGGCAUGCUUCAGGUCAGAAUGCAUCGCAAGGCCCCAACAUGGGGCUCUCUUACCCCCAAAUGUGCCUUUCCCACUCCCAGCUGAGGCUGGGUAAAAUGUCACCCCUGCUUGGAAAUGACAGCGAAUCAGAGCUGCUUCUGAGGGUGGGGCUGGGGCAGAGAGAGUGGGUGUGGUGUGCAAGAGGGGACUUGACCUUACCCCCCUUUCAAAAUGCGAUCACGCAGGUUCUCAAGCAGUCAGGAGGCUCUUGGCACUGCGCAGCCUGCUGUGUGUGGCUCAGGGCAGGCAUGUCACCCUCUGACGAGGGGCACGUGGGUACCAGGGCACCCUCAUCUCUGGCCCUGCGUGGGUGCAUCAGGAACCCCAGCUGUGGGGACACGAGGGGAGGGGUGAUGAACUGGGGUAGGGAGGCAGCUUCACACAGGGCCAGAGCUGAGCAGGGUCUUGAGGACGCGGCAGGGCUGGACAGGUAGGUGAACAGGGAAGGGCACACCAGGCAUGGAGCAUGGCCCGGCCAGAGGCUUAGAGGUGGUUGUCCUGCCUGGGCUGUGGUGAAUCACUGCAGUGCAGGCUGCACUGGGGUGUUUGUUGGGUUGGGAGGCGGGCAAGGGGAUUCCAGUUGUGAGGCUCCUGGUGUGACUGAGGAAAGGGACUUUACAGGAGCUGUGGAAGCAGGGGUGGACACAGAUUUCAUGAUAGCACUCUCCCUUUGGCUGCCAUGAGGAGAGAUUCGUGUGGAAGAGGUGGGAAGCAGGAGCCCAGGCAGGACUUGGGUGUGGGAGCCAAGGAGGGGAGAUGGAGCUAGGGCUGGGCGUGCGCA